AUUACUAUUUUCAGGCACACAAGGCACCUCUUGACGGGUUUUCAAUAAGUGAAGAGGGCGACGGUGGAAGGAUCCUUUUUUCUUUUUAAUUUAAAUUUUACGUGCGGUAGAUGCCGAAAUUGUAGUAUCUUGUGUACGCGUGAUAAAAGGUACAAUGUUGGAAGAGGUCUCGGCAGGACUUAGCGCCUGACGGUCUGUCGGUCGUUCCGGCAAAAAUGAAAGAAGCUCGUCGGUCCGAGCAGCUGAUGGCGGCCGAGUGCUGUUCGAGCCUCAGUGUCCCUCAUCGAAGCGUUUAAGUGAGUGUGUGCGUUUAGCUGCGCGAGCGGAGUGCGGCUACCGCGUGCGGAAGGAAGAUAAUUCUGUGGAAUAGAUUUCACGCGGCGAAACACCGUUUCUAAAGGAGUUACAAGCUAUUUCGUAACGGUGCUUGUUUCACGACUUGGUAUCCGACACGCAGGCACGGUACGGUAAGCCUGCCAGCCGUUCCACAGUCUCCCGGUGGCGUGAAUCAAAUAUUUGUUCGAACGGAGAAAAAUCGAACAAGUGAGCCACAGACCAAACGGCCGGUCGUGGUUUCAGGUAACGCAUAAUCCACAUACGAUCAAGAAAAAGACACGGUGCCGCUUGUGUGUUGCACAGUGUAGGUGGGAGAUUCGACGUACGACGGGGCGUGCGUUCGCGUGUGACAACGCCUAACAAGCGAUCGCGCCCCUUUUCUCGACCGAUACAAGAACCACCUCUGGCAAUUGUUCAACGAAUUUUUAUCGAACUGUGAACUUGAUGGAUCUCGUCGUUUGACAAACAUCCUCCGAUUAAAACACGUUCAGUUCUGUUACGCGGAAAAACUCGUGCUAUGCGCGCAUUACUAUCAAUUUUCACCCCUCUCUGCUUCAGGAACCUCUGAACCAUGAGUUCAUCUUCUUCGACACGGAAUGCGACCUCCUCAGGGUGGAUGCAAUCUUCUUUAGUCGCGUCCAACGCCGAAAAAGUGCAGCCGAGGCACGAAAGUGCCUCCAGCAUUUCACUUCCCUCCAGCUCUCAUAGUGCCUCUGCUAAUCCCAACAUGUCGUCAGCGACUUUUGUGGACCGGAUAGAUCCCUUUGCCAAGAGAUCUCUUAAGAAGAAAUCCAAAAAAUCACAGGGUUCAUCUCGUUACCGUAACUCCCAAGAUGUUGAGCUACAGCAAUUACCGCAGCUCAAAGAUGUUACACCGUCGGAACAGGAAGAACUGUUCAUCCGAAAACUCCGGCAAUGUUGUGUGACUUUUGAUUUUAUGGAUCCGAUGGCGGAUCUUAAAGGCAAAGAAAUUAAACGUAGUACACUCAAUGAAUUAGUCGAAUACAUCACAGCUGGUCGAGGCGUCCUUACAGAGCCUGUAUAUCCCGAAAUCAUUAAAAUGAUUUCUGCAAAUCUGUUUCGCACAUUACCACCUAGUGAAACUCCCGAUUUUGAUCCAGAAGAGGAUGACCCGACAUUGGAGGCGAGUUGGCCUCAUUUGCAAUUGGUUUAUGAAUUCUUUUUACGCUUUCUUGAAUCUUCAGAUUUUCAACCUACGAUUGGCAAAAAAGUUAUUGACCAAAAAUUUGUUUUACAGUUACUGGAGUUAUUUGAUUCUGAGGAUCCUAGGGAAAGGGAUUUUUUGAAAACUGUUUUGCAUCGUAUUUAUGGGAAGUUCCUUGGUCUUAGAGCCUUUAUACGCAAACAAAUCAGUAACAUUUUCUUGAGGUUUGUAUAUGAAACUGAGCAUUUCAAUGGAGUUGGUGAACUUCUUGAAAUUUUGGGUAGCAUUAUAAAUGGUUUUGCUCUUCCUUUAAAAGUUGAGCACAAACAGUUCUUAGUUAAGGUGCUGUUACCACUACAUAAAGUAAAGUGCUUAUCGUUAUAUCAUGCACAGUUAGCUUAUUGUGUGGUACAAUUUCUUGAAAAGGAUGCAACCCUAACAGAGCCUGUUAUACGAGGCCUCCUGAAAUUCUGGCCUAAAACAUGUAGCCAGAAGGAGGUAAUGUUCCUUGGUGAAAUUGAAGAGAUCUUGGACGUGAUAGAACCUAGCCAAUUUGUUAAAAUACAAGAACCCUUAUUCAGGCAAAUUGCACGUUGUGUCUCUUCGCCACACUUUCAGGUUGCAGAAAGAGCACUGUACUUUUGGAAUAAUGAAUAUAUAAUGUCUCUAAUUGAAGAAAACAAUCAUGUAAUAAUGGGAAUUAUGUUCCCGGCAUUGUAUAGAAUUAGCAAGGAACAUUGGAAUCAGACGAUCGUAGCCCUUGUUUAUAACGUUUUAAAAACAUUUAUGGAAAUGAAUAGCAAGCUCUUUGAUGAACUUACUGCCAGCUAUAAGUCUGAAAGGCAAAAAGAAAAGAAGAGAGAAAAGGAAAGGGACGAAUUGUGGAGAAAACUGACUGAAUUGGAGGUAGAACGACGUAAUGCGCUUACUGCUACCUUCAACAAUCCAGUUCCUGCCACAACAACACCUACGACACGAGCCCGCCCUUGAGCUGGUGGAAAUUCGCUCCCAAAUUACCCAAUCAUUAGCCCUUAGUUUACGUCGAUUGUCCAUACACUACAUGCAAAAAUUACUGUUGUUAGUGGAGCAAAGUGUCUCACAAUGGCAUUCUUGACGUAAUGUAAUUUUUUUCAUUAGUUACUAGCCUAACGGGCGAAGUGGAGAAGAGAAAAAUGAAAGAAUCAGUAAUCACAAUUUUAUUCUUCUUCGAUGCAAUGAUUGAUGAGUUCUAAUAUUUUUAUUGUGUACAUUAAUUUCUACUUUUCUUUUUUCCUUUUUCUUUAAUAGCAAUGAUUUAAGUUGUACAAUGUACUCAGUGUCAGCACAUAAUACGACGAUGUUUUAGUCCCUUCUGAACUAAGGUGUAGCUGCGCUCGGUGGGAGGAGACGAUCAAGAUGUAAAUUCAAAUAGAUAAAAUAUAUUGUUAUAAUAUUGA